GGAACAGUACCCUGGAAGGAAGAGACCGGAGGGACUCUGGGCCGCGCCGCGGUGUAGCGUGCUUGUGGAUCCCCCGGCAGCUCCUUCCGAGCGUGCCAGGCUGUGCCCCCGAGACCCACAGAGGGCUGCCCAGGCAGAGCAGCAUCUGCAUCGAGGGGUGGGAGGGGGCCUACUUGGCUUCUUGCCUGUCUCUUGAGGAGCCAACAUCAUGGCCACCAUGGAGGAAGAAGACUUGUUAGAGUAUUUUUGUGUGCAGUAUGAACAGAGGCUCCUGAAGCUGUUGAUGAAAUUCCCAGUGACUGAAGAGCAAUCCCCAUCUCCGUCCGUUCGGCUCCUAGAGAAGAAGAAAGAGUCUAAGCUGGUACAUAGGACUCUGGAAGCGCAGAAGGAGGCAUUCAGAACAAGGAUGGAAGCCCUGAACAGCCGCUGGGAGGAGCUUAAGGCCAAGGAGGUUCAGCUAAAGGCUUAUAUCCAGAAAUUUGAGCAGUUCAUACAGGAAAAUGACCAGAAGCGAAUCCGAGCCCUCAAGAAAGCCAGCAGAGAGAGAGACCUGAAGAAUCAGAGAAUAAAGGAGCUGGCAAAGACCAAGCAGGGUAUGGUGGUCCUGAAGAAGGGGCACCAGAGUCUCUACAACAAGGUGCAACAGUACUCAAUCUUCAACAACUAUCUGGAGAAGGUGGUGGAGAUCUCGGAGUUUGAGGAAAUACGAGAAGUUAUUGGCCGGUACAAGACACUGGUGGGAAUGCAGCAGGAUCUCAUGGUGUCAGCACUAGAAGACCAGGAGCAGAUUGAGCAAGCUAAAACCCAUCUGGCAGAAUACACUGAGAAGAAGGAUGAUGAGAUCCUAAAACACAACAACGAGCUAGCAAACCUGCAGAUGCGCUUUGAUCGUGCCCGCAGUGAUGUCAUUAGGAGGGAAUCUCGCUGGGCCCAUAUUCAGAACACUGCAGCUAAGAAAACCCUUAAGCUGGGCACCAUCAAAAUGGCUACCCUGAACCUUUUCCAAAGUGUGAGCAAGCAGCUGAAGGAGACAUUGAGCGUGCCAGUCGAGGACACCCACAAGCAACUGGACAUGAUCCAGCAGUUUAUCCAGGAUCUCUCAGACAUCUGGGCAGAGGUAAAAAAGAAGGACAUGCAAAACCGAGUGCAGGCGGUUACGCCAAAGGAUGUAUAAGAGAAACGUCCAGCUAUUCCUCCUCUGCCAGAAGAAGGCUAAGCCAAUUGAGAAAAGAAAAGAAAGUGGCAUCAGGGAAGCUACAGACUCAUUCAUAUUGCACCUCUCUAUCCCCCAUGGUUCUUAUUUUCUGCAGAACUACAAAAAACUUCCAGGCUAUUAAAAACA